AUGAAGACCUCGAUGAACCCCAUCGUCGCUUCGCUCGGGCUAGCCAUCGCCCGCAGCGUCGCGAACGCUGCCCCGUCCGCGUACGCCACCAACCACACCGCCGGUCCCGAGUUGAAGCACUGGCCAGCGGCGGCAGCGAAAGCGCUCAACACCAUGAUCGCGGCCAACGCCAACCAGAGCAACUACGCCGUUUUCGACAUGGACAACACCAGCUACCGCUUCGAUCUUGAAGAGUCACUGCUGCCGUACCUCGAGAGCAAGAACGUUCUCACACGUGACGCCAUGGACCCGUCGUUGAAGCUCAUUCCGUUCAAAGACACAGCAAACCACACUGAGUCACUGUACAGCUACUACCUGCGCCUGUGCGACAUCGACGACAUGCUUUGCUACCCGUGGGCUGCUCAGAUCUUUAGCGGGAUCCCCCUUAGCGAGCUCAAGGGCUACGUGGACGAGCUUAUGGCACUCAACCACACCGUCAAGACUACCUACUAUGAAGGCGAUGUUGUGACUGCUUACGAGGUCAGCCCUCCCAAGGUGUUCACCGGCCAGGUUGAGCUUUACAACAAGCUGAUGGCGAACGGCAUCGAGGUGUACGUCAUUACCGCCGCAUCUGAGGAGCUGGUCCGUAUGGUCGCCUCCGACCCCAAAUACGGCUACAACGUUAAGCCCGAGAACGUUAUCGGUGUUACUCUUGUCAUGAAGAACCUGACCUCGGGCGAGCUCACCACCACGCGCAAACAGGUCAAGGAGGGUGAUUACAAUGAGGCGUCCAACCUCGGACUUGUCAUGACGCCCUACCUGUGGACUCCCGCUACCUGGAUGCAGGGCAAGUGGGCGGCCAUCCUCACCUACAUCGACGAGUGGAAGAAGCCUGUUCUUGCUGGUGGCGACACCCCCGACAGCGAUGGUCCCAUGAUCUUCCACGGUGUUGAUGUGUCCAAGGGCGGAAUUCACCUCUGGGUCAACCGCAAGGACAGCUAUAUGAAGCAAAUGAACGAGAUGAUUGAGGAGAAUGCUGCUGCCCAGAAAAAGGAGGGCCUCCCUGUCACAGCGGAUAAGAACUGGGUUAUUGUCACCCCUCAGGACAUCCAGUAG